AUGACAGAGGUGGAUGUUGCCAUGCCGACAGAGGUUCGCCCUUCGCCUCCACGGGUGCUGGGGAAGGCCUGGACCUGGAGAAGGCUGAAGACCUUCCAGAGGAGUAUACGACUGAAGAACGAGCUACUGAGGCAGUGCCUAGCUGAAUUCCUCGGAGAGUACAUAUUGAUCCUAAUGGGAUCGGCCUCUGUAGCGCAGGUCAUCACCUACCACAACCAGAAAGGAAACUACCUGUCAAUCAGCAUGGGCUACGCCAUUGGGGUCCUCUUUGGCAUCUAUGUGUCCAAUGGAGUCUCAGGGGCACAUUUGAACCCGGCCGUGACCUUGAGCCUGUGCGUCUUGGGGCGGUUUCCGUGCUGGAAGAUGCCGUUCUACACGCUGGCGGAGUGCCUUGGGUCCUUCAUGGCCGCAGCCACCACCUACACGAUGUACUACGAUUCCAUCCAUCAGUUUUCCAAUGAGAGCCUGUCUGUACUGGGACCGCGAGGGACGGCCGGAAUCUUCGCCACCUACCCCGCCGAGGGCAUCAGCAACAGCAAUGGCUUCAUCACCGAGGUAAUCGCCACCGCUGUGUUAUUGAUCUGCAUCCUGGCGAUCGGCGACUCGCGGAAUGCCAUGAUCCCGGGCUUCCUCCGGCCGCUCAUGACCUCAGUCUGCGUGCUCCUGAUCGGGAUGGGGAUGGGAGCCAACACCGGCUACGCCAUCAACCCAGCGAGGGACUUCGGGCCACGCAUGUUCACUUUCGUGGCAGGCUGGGGAUCCGAGGUGUUCACGGCUGGCAAUGGCUGGUGGUGGAUCCCUCUGGUGGCCCCCAUGGUGGGGGGGCUGCUGGGGUCACUGAUCUACGAGCUGCUGAUUGAGCUUCACCACACGGAGAGCCCGUCGCUCACGAAGAUGAAGGCAGUCGAGGGGGAGGAUCCUGUUUUCAUUGGCAUUCAGCCAUACACGUGUGCACAACUAAAUGAAACAGCGACCCCCCAGGGCCCCACAUCCGGUGACCCCGUCAUCUCCGACGUCAGAACAUCCUUCAAGAAGGUGAACCUUCCCAAGGCGCCAGGCCCUGAUGGCGGACCUGGCAGGGCUCUGAAAGCCCGUGCCACCCAACGAGGGAGCGUUCAAGGGCAUCGUCGAUCUCUGGCGGCUGAGGUCGGAGGUUCCCACCGGCUUCGAAAGGGCGACAAUCGUACCAAGAAGAGCGGGGUGAGCUGCCCCAACGAUUAUCACCCGGUGGCCCUCACAUCUACUGUUCUGAACCACUCUGACAAACAGCCGCCAAAGAACCAGUCAACCAGUUCAAAGUAA